CGCGGAUAGAUACAGUGUAAGACGUCCGCCAACACACAGUCUCCUACAGAGCCUCCCGACUAUAGCCAAACAUGCCUUCCCUAGACCUACCUGUCUUGCCUAAACCGCGAGUUCCCAAGCGCUAUGUAGUUGCAGGUCUGGUGUAUUUAGGGAUCCUGUGCCAGUACUCCAUGAGGAGGAACUUGGACGUAGCGAUUGUGGCGAUGGUCAACACAACUAGUGAAGACCAACUCGAUACCUCCGGUGCAGACCCGCCGGCGAAGCCGGAAUUUGAUUGGUCGCAGACCAUGAUUGGCGUGUUGUUCGGUUGUUUCUACUGGGGGUACAUUCUAACAAAGUUGCUGGGAGGAUAUCUUUCCUACCGUUUCUCCCCCGUACGCGUUCUGGAAGGUUCUGUCUUCAUCGGAUCGAUAAUCCACAUCAUCCAGCCUCCGGCAGCAAGACUGAGUGUGGGAACUUUUAUCUUCACAAUCUUCCUACAGGGAUGUUCAGAGGGUAUGACCAUGCCUUCGGCCUUUUCCGUGCUUGGGGCCUGGUCUCAACACGCGGAAAAGAGCAGAUUAUCAUCUGUGGUCUUUGCAGGCCAGUACAUCGGCAUGGCCAUCGGUACCGCUGCUACCGGAGCUAUCACAAACAAGCUGGGGUGGGCCGGAUCCUUCUACAUAUUCGGAUUACUUGGAGUGACCUGGGGAAUCAUUGCCGACCUGUUUAUCCGGGAGCUGUCGUUAGAAAUCGCUCCGGAGAAUCCCGAAGAUGACUCGUUCCUCGGAGACGACACUGACAGACACAGUGUCAGCGCAAAGACAAGACCGCCUCCCAAGGUCCGUCCACCGGUGCCAUGGAAGCGCCUGCUGACGUCACCCCCAGUAUACUCCAUCGUGCUGUGCCAGGUGUGCCUGAAGGUUGCCACACACCUGAUGCUCAUCUACGCACCGCUCUACUACGUACACAGCUUUCACAUCGACGCUAAUCUGACCGGUAUUCUUGUUGGUCUGCCACCGCUGAUAUCCGGGGUCUGUAUGCCGCUCUCAGGAAUCUUAGCUGAUUCCCGCUACGGCAGGCAGACAAGGUCAACUACAGUCGUCAGGAAAGCUUUGACUACCGUCGGUUUCUUAGGCCUGGCUGCCUGUUACAUCCUCCUGGCGAUCUCCACCAGCCUUGGGAUGUCGCUGGCCAGUUUCUGCGCUGCCGGAGCGUUCGUCGCAGUGUCUAUGGGCGGAGGAUUCAACGUCAACCCAUUAGACCUGUCACCGUCGUUUGCCGGACUCAUCGGAGGCAUCUCCACAUCCUGCUCACAUCUGGCCGGGUCCAUCUGGGUCGUCAUUGUUGGUGUGCUGACGAAACACAAGACGAACCACGAAUGGUCCUUAGUGUUCACCGUGGUAGCCUGUCUGCUCGUGGCGGCUGCCAUCAUCUACCUGGUCUUCGGCAGCGGGGAAGAGCAGCCCUGGUCACGAGGCGAGCCCGACAAGAAGACCCUGACCUUCGCCUCGCCACAGGGUCCACCGGACAUGAAGAACGGCUUCACCAGGGCCACGCUGACUGUACAGGGACACGUGGAGGAGGAUUACACCGUUCAUGACGACUUCACCAGGAGUUCGGACGAAGAGGAACUCCCCUUGUCAGAAGAGGACGGAAAAGUUAAAAGAUUUGACGGCAGAUAGAAGCUAAUUGUAUAUUGUCCUCAGACAUCAACGUCGAUUUAGAUGCACCUAGAUGUACAUUUCGAUUAAAGAUUGUUUACAUGGUCUGCAAGAGUAUGAUUACACGUGUCAUUAAGUUCAUAUCCAGUAAUGUUAUUCCCA